UGUGGUGGUUUAGAGUAACGUCCCUUGGGGAAGUUGGCAUCGUUUGGAAAACGUACAAAACAGAGGUGUUACAUACAGCACGUGGAAGCUCCACUCAGAUUGACAUGAUCUAAGGACCUUUGGUGGUGUUGUAAGAUUUGCCAAUGGACCAGCAAACAGCUCAAGUUUUGUUCAAGGAGGGUGCCACAUUCAUCUUCCUGGAUGUCUCGGUCAAUACAGAGUUCGGCAUUGACUACAAUUCUUGGCAAGUGGGACCGAACUUCCGAGGGGUCAAGAUGAUACCUCCAGGAAUACACUUUGUGUACUUUAGUGCAUGCAACAAGGAGGGACAGACUGCUCCCCGAAGUGGAUUCUUCCAUAACUUUCAACCAAGGGAGAUUGUUGUCAGAAAAUGGGACAAGUUGACAGAAGACAUGACCAGCGAAGGAGUGACUGCAGAUGACAUGGAGCGAUUCUCAUCCAACAUGCAAGACCUAGACAGGUUCCUUGGACCCUACCCGUAUGAAAAUUACAAGAAGUGGGUAUCGAUGACCAACCACAUAUCCAACACAGUCCUGGAACAUGUGCUGCCAGACAAUGGUAUGGUACAUUCUGUCACCCAGUUCGAGUCCAAGGCAAGCACUUCUCAGUCCAGGAAGCGAGACCGAGAGCAACAGUCAAUGGAGACCGAUUCCACGGAGAAUGCGUCUAAUAAUGUGUCAGCAGCGGAAGACAGUGAGAUGAAGUUUCUGCCUCGCAUGACAGUCCUACCUGGAACCAGUAUUCGAUACAGCAACAUCACAAAACGUCGAUACCCGCCUGGCGCGACUCCUGCCGAAGUCACGCGAUACAGCAUGGAUUCCUCGUUUCUCCUGGAGACCAUUCUCAAUGAUUGGUAUUCCGAUUCAUCCCUUGGGAUUCUCGGAGAAAUUCAGUUUGCAUUCAUCUGUUUCUUGAUUGGUCAGAAUUAUGAUUCGUUCGAACAAUGGAAGAAACUGGUUCACGUUCUGUGCACGAGUGAAGAGGCUCUGUCAGUCCACACGGAACUCUUCCUUCAGCUGGUUACCGUUCUACAUUUUCAGAUUCGGGACAUACCAGAAGAUUUCUUUGUUGAUAUUGUGUCACAGAAUAACUUUCUGACCACAACACUGCAAGAGUUUUUCUCGAACCUGCAGUCAAAUCCUGUUGACAGUAACCUUAAACGCAAGGGGUUGAAGUUUUGUGAUCAUUUGACGGAAAAAUUUAAGUGGGAUUUUAUGACAGAACCUGAGGACUAUGCACCUGUUGUUGUUGAAACUGAAUAAUAAACAAAUGAAGGAUUAA